AUGGCCAUGAAAGACCCUUCAGUGGAAAAAGCAUCAUCUACGCCUGUGUUGGACACCCCUUAUGUCCGGCUACAUAUCACACCGCUUGACCCCGACCUGAUCAAGACAGUACUUUCGUCAGCUCUCCUCCCGAAAGCUCGCAACAUCUCCUAUCACACAAUCGAGACUUUUCCCGAGAAGCGAUACGGGUUCCUUGAGUUGCCAUAUGAGGACGCAGAAAAGCUUAGAAAAAAGCUUAACGGCGCCACCCUCAAGGGCGUCAAGAUUCGUAUCGAACGUGCCAAACCCUCCCGCGUCCCGGAGCCACUGGGCCCAGAAGCCAUUGCGAGAGAAAACGCUGUGGCAAUCGGUUCAGCUGAUGUGACAGGCUUAGACAAGAGCAAGCCCAAAAAGCGGAAACGGGACCCUGAAGUGCUUAGUGGUAUUGUCCUGAAGGACGGGAGGAAGGUCAAGCGGGGGUGGACCACUGCUGAAGACCCCAGGGAGAAGAAAAUGAAAAAGGACAAGGAGGUAAAGAAAAGGAAAAGGGAAAACGAGCCAAAAAAGCAGGCCAAAUCCAAGUAUACAGACCAUGCUGAGUGUCUCGUGAAGACAAUAUUGCCUGCCAAUGUCUCCGCAAUGAUGGAUGCAACUCCACUGAAAAAGAAAAAGGGGAAAUCGCGAGAAGUUACGGUUCACGAGUUUGAGAAGACCACUAAGUUUCCGACCUUCUUGAAGACAUCGUCAACUAGCGCUCAGUCCAAGCCUGUGCUGGAAUUUGUCGACGGGAAAGGUUGGGUAGACGAGAACGGAAAUGUGGUCGAAGUCGUCAAAACUAGGCCUCCUGCUCCUACCAAGGUGGACACUUCAAGUGAGAUGAAGGAAAGUUCAAAGCAGAACCUACCAGGAGGCAACGGAAGCUCGAUCGCCGGCGACGAUGAAGCUUCUUCUGACCACGAAGGAACAGCUCAUUAUAACGAAGAUGGUCGCCACUUGACUCCAGACUCGACGACAAAUGACGCCCUACUAGUACCUGAGUUACCUAGACCCUCUUCUCAAAAAGCCAAACCAACUGGUCCAAAGGAGGGUCUUACAAUCAAAAUCCCCCCGGCAACGCCCAGUGAACCAAAGGUCCAUCCGUUAGAGGCCUUGUUUAAACGCCCCAAACAGCCCGAAGGCGAAGCUGCCGAUGAAGGACCUGAGGCAAAAGGCUUUAGCUUUUUUGGUGAUAACGAGGAAGGUGUUGAAGAGGAUUGCAGUGGCGUAGACGCUGAUGGUUUACCUGGCUUCCAAGAACCGUUGACCCCUUUCACUCGUAAGGACCUCGAGCUGCGGGGUAUCAGAAGUGCAGCUCCCACUCCGGAUACCGCUCAUCCUUCCCGAAGAUUUAUACCAUGGGACAAUGAGGAUAAUGAUGAAGAAAUUGGUCGCGAGGAAACGCCACAAGGUCACGAGGAAGCAGAAGCUCUUCCCAGCAAUGAUAUAAUGCCGGAGAAUGAUAGUGAGGGGAAAAAAGCUAGUGACUUUGAGAAGUGGUUCUGGGAGAACCGAGGAGAAUUGAACCGAGCAUGGAAAAGGAGAAGAAAGUUGGCGGGCAAGGAAAAGAGGUAUAGAGAAAAUAAGGCUCGGAUGGCCCGGGCCAUCUAG